CCGUCGCCUCGCCGUGUUUGAGUUGGUCCCGGUCGUGUUCAGUCCUCAUCAACAUUCAUUCAUGUUCUUCGGACGCGCCCGGCUCGGCGGGCGGGUUCGGGCUGCGGUCUGGACCGUGUGUGCGCGCCAGCGCCACCAUGCGGGAUCUUUGCGCUUUGCCUCCCUACUGCCCGAGAGAAAGCGCAGGGUUCUGCUGUACCCGUUCAGUGGCCUUGAGGCACACCUGUCCCGACAGGUAGACCAGGGAGGAUUCCGGCUCUUCCAACCCAGUGUGGAGGACCUGGGACGGGCUGAGGAACUCUUCACUCCGUCGGAUAAACAUCAAAUAGUGUACUCCACGUCCGCGGUUCGGGUAGAGCACUUGCCUACACUCACACAGCCAGAGGUGUGUUUCAUAGGCAGGAGCAAUGUAGGGAAGUCCUCGCUUAUCCGGGCUCUGUUCUCUCUUGCUCCUGAGGUGGAAGUGCGCGUCUCAAAAACACCAGGGCAUACAAAAAAGUUGAACUUCUUCAAGGUGGGGAAAGUGUUUACUUUAGUAGACAUGCCUGGCUAUGGACACAGAGCCCCAGAAGACUUUGUCGAUAUCGUGGAACCCUACCUUCAAGAGCGAAAAAAUCUUAAAAGGACAUUCUUAUUGGUGGAUGGAGGUGUAGGACUCCAGAAAAUCGAUUUGGUUGCUGUGGAGAUGUGCGAAGAGUUUGGCAUUCCUUAUGCGCUGGUGGUGACUAAGAUUGACAGAACUCAGCAGAGCGCUCUGCUGUCCCUUCUACUGAAGCUCUCUGACUUUAUCAAAGAGCAGACGAAAACCUGCUUCCCCCAGCCCUUCCUCAUCAGUUCAGUGAGGUACUCGGGUGUCCACCUUCUCAGGUGCUUCAUAGCGCAUGUGACAGGAAACCUACAGCUGAGCUCCACAGCCACCCAUAUAAAGAAGCUGCCCACAGAGACUCUCCCAGAGACUGAUCUGAAACCCAGAGCGGCAGGCUGAGGCUGUGUGAAGUGGACCCAAUCCUCAUGUUUCUGAGCGGAUACCAGGCUACGGUGUUUUUGAUGGACUGUUGAAUAAACGCUGGAUUUACGCCUGGUUAUACUGCAGUACUUGCAGUCCUUUCCAAUAUAAACAGCACAACCUGUUCUUGAUUAGUAUUCAAGCUAAAGUCCCAGGUUAUGUGUUAACCAAAUUUGCCCAGUGAUGCUGAUGAUUGAUUGAGCAAGAAAACCAUGUGAUGAAACUAAGCUACACCAUUGAUGGUGUAAAAGAAAUGCUGGCAAAAUUCACUUUGUAGAUAGAAUUACAGAGAAUCUCCUGACUGAGUGUUGAGAGUCUUAUUAAAAGCAAAUUUCACA